UUUUAUGUUAUAAAAGGAUUCAACGCGUCCAAAGAUAUCACCCUGGAGACAAACUGUCCCGACUCCCGACCAGAACGAACAAGUUUACCCUAAAUCCCUAUUCCCCUUUGCUUUCCCCCUUUCCGGCGGCCCACCGGCUCAAGCACAAUCGCCGCUCCCCGCCCAGCCGCCCAUCCUUCAUUUUAUUCAUCCGACAGCCACGAAUUGAGUAAAUUUUGCAUACAGGCAUUGGCUGAAAGGCAGUUUUAUACUGCUUUAAACUAUCUUUUUUAGGAGGAGGAAUCAAAGCUAAAGCUAGUGUUUGGAUCUUCUCAUUUAUCAAAAACAAUUCAAUCGGAUUGACAAAGUUUGUUGAUGUCAAACUCUGAAACCAUGAGCUUUCAAGGUCGAAAUAGACCAAGAAACCCUUCCCAAAGCACUCGUCAAGAAUGGGUUCCUAGAGGAUCUUCAUCUACAACCACCACUGUAGUAAGCAGUUCACCAGGCGCCUCUAAUUCAACUCCAAUUGUUAACCACACCUCAACUCGAAAUGAUAAUAGGAAUAGACAAAUUGGUCGGUCCACAAAUCAUAGGAGAGAUAAGGAAAAGGAAAGGAGUGAGAAUCAUGUGGUGGUAAAGGAGAUUGAUCCAAAUUUGCCACAGCUUGUGCAAGAAAUUCAAGACAAGCUUAUCAGGAGUACGGUUGAGUGUAUGAUUUGUUAUGAUACAGUACGGAGGUCUGCCCCCAUAUGGUCGUGCUCGAGUUGCUACUCCAUUUUUCACCUUAAUUGUAUUAAGAAGUGGGCUAGGGCACCCACUUCUGUUGAUUUAGUGGCGGAGAAGAAUCAGGGAAUUAAUUGGCGUUGUCCGGGUUGCCAAUUUGUGCAGUUGAUAUCGUCUAAGGAGAUUCGAUAUAUUUGCUUCUGUGGGAAGAGGACAGACCCGCCUUCUGAUUUGUACUUGACACCUCAUUCUUGUGGGGAGCCUUGUGGGAAGCCACUUGAGAAGGUGCUGGGACUUGGUGCUGGGGUGAUGAAGGAUGAGCUUUGUCCUCAUGUUUGUGUUUUGCAGUGUCACCCUGGUCCAUGCCCUCCUUGUAAGGCGUUUUCUCCACCACGGUUGUGUCCUUGUGGGAAGAAAGUUAUUACAACCAGAUGCUUUGAUAGACAGUCGGUUCUUACUUGUGGACAGUGCUGUGAUAAGCUUCUUGAGUGUGGGCGUCAUCGGUGUGAGCUGAUAUGCCAUGUGGGACCUUGUGAUCCAUGCCAGGUUCCGAUUAAUGCCCCCUGCUUCUGCAGGAAAAAAGUUGAAGCUGUCAUAUGUGGAGACAUGGCUGUGAAGGGAGAAGUGAAAACAGAAGAUGGUAUUUUUUCGUGUAGUUCAACUUGUGGAAAUAAGCUUAGAUGUGGCAAUCAUAACUGUGCUGAGAUUUGUCAUCCUGGUCAUUGUGGGGAUUGUGAGUUAAUGCCAAACAAGAUUAAGUCUUGUUACUGUGGGAAAACAAGCUUGCAAGAGCAAAGGCAAAGUUGUUUGGACCCAAUUCCAACUUGUUCAGAGGUAUGUGAAAAGUUCCUUCCCUGUGAAGUGCACCAAUGUGACCAAGUAUGUCAUUCUGGGGAUUGUCCAUCUUGUUCAGUUGUUGUCACUCAAAAAUGCCAAUGUGGAGCAACUUCUCGGAGGGUGGAAUGCUACAAAACAACACUUGAGAAUGAGAGAUUUACAUGUGACAAGCCUUGCGGGCGUAAGAAGAAUUGUGGUAGACACCGAUGUAGUGAGCGAUGCUGUCUUCUUUCAAACUCGAAUAAUCUUCCCUCUGGUGAUUGGGAUCCACACUUUUGCCAAAUGGCAUGUGGGAAAAAGCUAAGGUGUGGGCAGCAUUCUUGUGAAUCUCUUUGUCAUAGUGGCCACUGCCCUCCAUGCUUUGAAACAAUUUUCACUGAUUUGACAUGUGCUUGUGGAAGAACUUCAAUUCCUCCUCCAUUGCCUUGUGGUACACCUCCUCCUUCAUGUCAACUCCCAUGCUCAGUUCCACAAGCUUGUGGUCAUUCAUCUUCUCACAGCUGCCACUUUGGUGAUUGUCCACCUUGUUCCGUGCCUGUGGCAAAGAAGUGCAUUGGAGGACAUGUUGUUCUUCGGAACAUUCCUUGUGGAUCAAAAGAUAUUAGAUGCAACAAGCUCUGCGGCAAGACCCGGCAGUGUGGAUUGCAUGCCUGUGGGAGAACUUGUCACCCAGCGCCAUGUGAUAUCUCUUCUGGAUCUGAACCAGGUAUCAGGAUUUCUUGUGGGCAGACAUGUGGUGCCCCUCGGAGAGACUGCAGGCACACAUGUACUGCACCUUGUCAUCCCUCUGCUCCAUGUCCUGAUGUUAGGUGUGAUUUUCGAGUCACUAUCGCGUGUUCUUGUAGUCGGAUAACUGCCACUGUUCCUUGCGAUGCUGGGGGCUUUACUAGCAGUUUCAAUGCUGAUACAGUUUAUGAAGCUUCUAUUAUCCAAAAAUUGCCAGUAGCCCUUCAACCAGUGGAUUCAACUGGCAAGAAGAUUCCUCUAGGACAAAGGAAGCUUAUGUGUGAUGAUGAAUGUGCUAAGUUGGAGCGUAAACGGGUUCUUGAAGAUGCAUUCAACAUUACUCCCCCCAAUUUGGAUGCCCUUCAUUUUGGUGAGAAUUCAGUUACAUCUGAGUUACUUUCUGACCUAUAUAGGCGUGAUGCAAAGUGGGUUCUAGCUAUAGAAGAGAGAUGCAAAUUCUUGGUACUUGGCAAGAACAGAGGAACAGCAACAGGUCUGAAGGUUCAUGUUUUCUGUCCAAUGCUGAAGGAUAAGAGAGACGCGGUCAGGAUAAUAGCAGAAAGAUGGAAGCUUUCUGUUAGUGCUGCUGGUUGGGAGCCCAAGCGUUUUGUUGUGGUUCAUGUUACUCCCAAAUCCAAACCACCACCUCGUAUCCUUGGGGUUAAGGGGGCAACCAGUAUUGGGGCACUACAUCCACCAGUUUUUGAUCCUCUGGUAGACAUGGAUCCGAGGCUUGUUGUUUCUUUCCUAGAUUUGCCCCGAGAAGCAGAUAUAAGUGCAUUGGUAUUGAGGUUUGGUGGGGAGUGUGAACUUGUUUGGUUGAAUGACAAGAAUGCAUUGGCUGUAUUUAGUGAUCCUGCUCGAGCUGCAACUGCAAUGAGGAGGUUGGAUCAUGGCUCAGUUUAUUAUGGGGUUGUUAUCUUUGUUCAAAAUGCUGGAGCAUCAGUAGCAUCAACUGCUAAUAAUGCAUGGGGAGGAGCAGGGCAAAAUUCAGCUUUAAAAGGGAAUCCGUGGAAGAAGGCUGUAGUGGAGGAGCUUGGUUGGAGGGAAGAUUCUUGGGGUGAUGAAGAAUCUUUUGGUGGCACUUCUGAUUUGGGCUCUGUCUGGAAAGGGAAAGAAACUCCAAUUGCUGCUUCAAUUAACCGCUGGAGUGUUCUUGAUUCUGAAACAGGUGUAAGCUCAUCUUCUAGAACAGUUCAAACUGAAGAUCUUUCAAAACCUGCUGGAGUUCUAUCCAAUUCAGGUAUAGAUUCAAAUACUGCCAAGUCAAAUUCAGCUGGGCUACCUGGUGGGGAUUUUAAUGAACCAGAGCCUUUGGAAGUAGUGGAUGAUUGGGAAAAGGCUUAUGAAUGAGAGAGAGAAAAGAGAAAAAUAGCAAUAAGCUUGUGGUCAGGGUGAUGGGGUUGCCCAUUUUCAUUUAAGAUAAAAAUGGUUGGAAAUAUUGUGGUUUGGUUUUUACUUGUCUACUUUACACCCAAUAUUAUCAAAAGGGUGUGAGUAUGAUCUUUCUAAAUUUUUUCUUCUUUUUUUUUUUUUUUUCAUUUUUUACACCAAGGCCUUUCCUCUUUUGCUGUGUAGAUGAAUUUUUGUUGCAUUGGAAAGUAGCUACAUGUUCAACCUUGUUUCCAAUUUUUUAUUGCAUGAGAACAAUCUUUUAUCGCUAUAGAAGAAUGAAAGCUUAAUACAAGUUGCUUUUUAUGUC